GAGUGGAGAGAGUCGCCAUCUUUAUCGGAUGGAGCGGCUAGCUAGCUAACAUGCAAGUUUUUUGGGGGUAUAAUUACCACGUUAAUGGGAAUAUCAUAAACAUUGCAUUGUCUCUUUGAUUGUAUGCUGGUAUAAAAAUAUUUAGCAGAUAAGCGAAAUUAUUAAGGACUAAGUCAGUCCCAUCAACGGCUCAAGCGUAGCCACCUAUUUACAUAGACUGAGGGGUUGAAGAGAGUCAUGGGUCGCUCCCGGAGUCGCAGCACGUCCCGUGCCAAGCACACGAAAAGUAGCAAGCACAGUAAGAAACGGAGCCGGUCUCGGUCGCGAUCUAGGGACAAGGAAAGGGCCAAAAAGCGGUCAAAAUCCCGGGAAGCAAAGAGGAACCGGAGGCGUGAGUCGCGGUCUCGUUCAAGAUCCACCACCGCGUCCUCCCGCAGGGAGAGGGAACGGGAGAGAGCGGCCUCGCCCCCCGAAAGGAUUGACAUUUUCGGGAGGACGUUGAGCAAGAGGAGCGCCCUGGACGAAAAACAGAAAAAGGAAGAUGAGGAGAAAAAGGUCGAGUUUGAGAGACAGAGAAAGAUGCUCUGCCCUUCUCUCUGCAGCCGCCAGCAGGAGAUCGAGGAGAAGCUGAUCGAGGAGGAGACGGCGCGGAGGGUGGAGGAGCUGGUGGCCAAGCGGGUGGAGGAGGAGCUGGAAAAGCGCAAGGACGAGAUCGAGCGGGAGGUGCUGCGGAGGGUGGAGGAGGCCAAGCGCAUCAUGGAGAGGCAGCUGCUGGAGGAGCUGGAGAGGCAGAGGCAGGCCGAGCUGGCCGCCCAGAAGGCCAGAGAGGAGGAAGAAUUCUCCAAGAGGGCGGAGCUGGAGAGGAUUCUGGAGGAGAACAACCGCAAGAUCGCAGACGCUCAGGCCAGACUGGCGGAGGAGCAGCUGCGGAUUGUGGAGGAGCAGAGGAAGAUCCACGAGGAGCGCAUGAAGCUGGAGCAGGAGCGGCAGCGGCAGCAGAAGGAGGAGCAGAAGAUGAUUCUGGGGAAGGGCAAGUCCCGGCCCAAACUGUCCUUCUCCCUGAAAGCCACCGAGUGACGCCCCGCCCCUCACCCUGCCGCCGUCCCCCUCGCCGUACGGUAGCUUCAUGUUGAAGUGUUCCCCGGAAACUCUCCAGUUUUGCUCCUUUUUUUUUAAAUAUCUUUUUUUUUUUUUUUUCCUUUAGUUUUUUAUAUCACUCCUCUGGGCUGUGCUCAACGAACUUUCCGGAAGGAGACGAGGCGACGGUCAGCGGCGACGUCUGUGACUUAAAGAGAAAAACCGACCGCCCCGUCCUCCGUACUAAAGCUACAACCGUCGUCCCUAUUUUUGUGACAUUAUUAUUAUUAUAUAUUUUUUUUUAUUGUUUAUUUUAAAAUCGUUGCAUAGGAAGGCAACCCCCCGUACUUCUGUUCACCCGAUGUUCACCGGAACCGUUGUUUUUUUUUUUGGUUUUUUUUACUGGGAAACGGAAGCGUGACGUGUAUGUGGUGCGGGCUAAACGAAGGCGCGGCCGCUCUUAUUCGGUCCGGGACCUAGUCGGGGAAUAACCCGGGGCCAUAGGGCCCCCUGGACUGUCGGCCGGCUUUCCGGAAGCGCAGAACAUCUGACACUACGAGGACACAGUCGGGCUUCCACGUCAGUCUCCCCGCCUCGCUCAUUACCGCCUUCUUCCUGUCGUACAGUAUAUAUAUUUUUAUGUAUUUAAUUUAAGAGUGACACGGACGGGUGAAAAUGAUGUACGUGAGCGAAGGUUAGGUGUUUUAGCUCGAAUGCUGCGGUGGCCCCCGAGCCUGGCCCUCCUGGCCCAGGGGAGGGGCCGGGCCGAGGCCCCUGUCAAACGGAGACCCGUAGGGGCCUCCAGAGGGACUCGCUCACUGUGUGGUAUCUUUUAAUCCAGUCCGUCAUGUGCGACGUCUUUCCCCCGAUGAUGUAUGAAUCCCAGCACAAAAAAUAAGAGAAACUUGCCAGUCUGUCUUGUGUCAUUAAAAUUCUGUUCUCUCUGAGUAACUUUGGUUACGUACGAGUGCA